AUAUAGAGACUGCUUCCUUCUUCCCUCCAUGCACUUCUUCGAGAAAAUCUGAAAAUGAGCAACUCUAGUAAUAGCAGUAGGAGCAAUAAUCGGAUUGGAUACCGAUUCCACCCUACUGAUGAAGAAGUCAUCACUUUCCUCAAGGACAAGGUUCUCGGCCGUGAUUGCUUUGUCCAAGAUCCGAUUGCUGUGCUUGGCGACAUUUGCAACUACGAGCCCUGGGAAUUGCCCGGACUUUCGAGCAUACAGUCAAGUGAUCGAGAAUGGUACUACUUCAGUACCCCUAAUUACAAAUAUAAAGACAGUAAACGAGUAAACAGGACCACGAGAGCGGGGUACUGGAAAGUAACUGGCAAUCAUCGUAAGAUCAAGUCUAGAAACGGUACCAUAAUAGGAGAAAAGAAAACCCUCGUUUUCUAUGAAGGAUCCAUCCGCAAGCGUAAUGGAAAAAGAACCUGUUGGGUCAUUCACGAGUACCAGCUCCCCUCUAACGAAAAGGAGUGGGCUGUUCUGUGUAAAUUAAAGAAAAAAGGUGCUGAGGCUGCUGAUGUCUCCAGCGGUGGAAGUCAGCAAAGAUACGAGUCUCCUGAUAAUGCAGUCGUGGAGGAUAUUAAUGCAGAUGCAAUCUAUGUAGAUGAUUUAGGAGACAUUGAUGAGCUAUACAAGUUGUGUUGCAGCUGGAUUUCUGAACCUGAAAUCCAGUUUCAGAUGCAGGAGGAGCAACAGAUGCAGGAGGAGCAACAGCAGCCGGUCUCGUCCUCAAUCAUUUCCCCUUCAUUCCAUGGUUCCAGCAGUAACUCGGCUCAGAAUCAUUACUACUCCAGUGGCAUGAAUAAUGAAGAGGAGGAUGAGUCCUGGCUUUCAUAUCUUUUGUGAGUACUUCCAUGAAGCCUCCCCUGAAUUGAAGGGAACCAAUUAUUUGUAUAUAAUUGAUUCAUUCUUCAUCAGCGGGAUGAAUAACUGGUGAUGAUGAAAACUUAUAUUACUUGUUGAGUGGUAUAUGUUAUUAGUAUUAGUAUAUAAAAAACACAAGCAGUG